UUUGUUCAUCACAGUUGAAAUUCUUUUUGUUGGAGGCACUUGUGUCAUUUUUUUUUCAUUUAAAAGAUUCUCCGCUAAUGGACAAACUCUUCGUAAAUGCUUUUUAAGAACGCUCCUUUCAAGAAAGUGUACAACGGCUUCUCAGAGGGCCUAGGCCUUGCCUUGUAUCUGAAAGAAUUUAACUUCACUGGAGAGCCGCCUUGGUAGUAACUGAACACUGUGCUACGAUUCCAUCUCUUUCUUGUCCAUUUUGUUGCAUUUGUCUGAAUUGGUAGAUCUCCAGUCAUAUUCAAGAACAUGAACGGCUUCAGCACUACCGAUUUUGACAUUACCUUCCUUGAUGAGGGCUUCUGUGCCAGAGAUAUUGUGGAACAAAAAAUAAACGAGGUCUCCCUUUCAGAUGACAAAGAUGCCUUUUAUGUAGCUGACCUUGGUGAUGUUGUUAAGAAGCACAUGCGAUGGACCAGAGCCCUACCUCGCGUGGCUCCAUAUUAUGCUGUGAAAUGUAAUGACAGCAAAGCUGUAGUGAUGACCCUUGCUUCCCUGGGUGCUGGAUUUGAUUGUGCGAGCAAGAAUGAAAUUCAGCUGGUCCAGAGCAUUGGUGUUUCUCCUGAAAAGAUCAUUUACGCUAACCCUUGCAAACAAGUGUCUCAAAUUAAAUAUGCUGCUGCCCAUGGUGUCCAGAUGAUGACAUUUGAUAGUGAAGUUGAACUUGCAAAAGUUUCAAGAAGCCACAGUAAUGCAAAGUUGGUUCUUCGGAUUGCCACAGAUGACUCCAAAGCAGUGUGCCGUUUGAGUGUGAAGUUUGGUGCAACACUUAAAUCUUGCCGAUCCCUACUUGAGCGUGCCAUGGAACUGGGUGUUGACAUUAUUGGAGUAAGCUUCCAUGUUGGAAGUGGCUGUACUGAUCCUGAAACGUACACCCAGGCCAUUUCAGAUGCUCGUCUUGUCUUUGAUAUGGGAACAGAAUUUGGGUUCAACAUGAAUUUGUUGGAUAUUGGUGGUGGAUUCCCUGGCUCUGAAGAUGUUAAGCUGAAGUUUGAAGAGGUUACUGCUGUGAUCAACACUGCUCUUGACAAAUACUUUCCUGCCGAGUCUGGUGUUGGGAUCAUUGCUGAGCCAGGAAGAUACUAUGUUGCAUCUGCUUAUAUGCUAGCUGUUAAUGUCAUUGCCAAGAAAGUUGUCAUCAGGGAUCAGACUGGUUCUGAUGAUGAGGAUGAUGGUGCUAAUGACAGAACCUUGAUGUACUAUGUUAAUGAUGGUGUUUAUGGGUCAUUUAACUGCAUCUUGUAUGACCAUGCUAAUGUCAGACCUGUUCUCCACAAGAAACCUAAGCCUGAUGAAAGAUUCUACCCCUGUAGCAUCUGGGGACCAACUUGUGAUGGUCUGGAUCGCAUUGUUGAGCUCUGUGACAUGCCAGAUCUUCAGGUUGGAGACUGGAUGCUCUUUGAGAAUAUGGGAGCCUACACUGUUGCUGCAUCUUCCACCUUCAAUGGAUUUCAGAAGCCAGAUAUCCAUUAUGUGAUGUCAAGAACAUCCUGGCAACUGUUGCAGCAAAUCAAAGAGCAAGGUGGCAUUGCUAAAGUUGAGGAGACUGCUUCUAACCCUGUGCCCAUCUCCUGUGGCUGGGAAAGUGGAGUUGAACUUCCUUCAACUUGCUCUUCAACUCGUAUUGUUUAACUUGUAGAAUCUUGCAUGGAUUAGUCUGUCCUGAUACCUUUUGGGCAUUUUUACUAGGGACCAGUGACUUAAUGUUUUUAUGUUGCCUUUAUUUUUAAUGUUCUAAGCCAGUUAAUAAAAUACAACAAAAUGGAUGACCUAAGAGGUGGGGAUCACAUUAUGCUAUUCCUAUGGAAACUUUUUUGUAUUUUUUUUUUUUUAAUGAUUUGUACAAUAAAUGGGAGAAUUGA